CCGGCCCCGCCAUGGGAGACGCCGGCAGCGAGCGCAGCAAGGCGCCCAGCCUGCCACCGCGCUGCCCCUGCGGCUUCUGGGGAGAAGCGGCUGCCUGGCAUAUUGAGCUGCUCCAGAAGGUCUAACCCAUAAGCAGUCCAGCAAGACUAUGAAUCUCUGUUCCAAAUGCUUUGCUGAAAAAAGAAAUCCACACAACGAAAAAGAUUUCCAGAAGAAGCAGCCAGAUGAUGACUCUACUCCCAGCACAAGCAACAGCCAGUCAGAUUUGUUCUCUGGAGAAACAAACAGCGACAACAGCAAUACCUCUCUAACCACGCAGGCCGCUAACUCCAACCAGCAACUUUUGACAGAACUGAAUGUAACUUCACCAAGCAAAGAGGAAUGUGGGCCAUGCACAGGUACAGCUCAUGCCUCCUUAACUACACCAACCAAAAGAUCUUGCGACUCAGCAGAUUCACAGUCCGAGAGUGAGGCUUCUCCUGUGAAACGGCCACGGCUAUUGGAUGACAGUAAUGACAGGCCUGAAGAAACCAGUCGAUCCAAACAGAAGAGCAGACGCCGAUGCUUCCAGUGCCAAACAAAACUGGAGCUGGUACAGCAGGAGCUGGGGUCGUGUCGCUGUGCCAGUCCUCUUGAAUAUAACGAUGAAGAAAUUGCAGUUGGUUUUCAUCAUCACCCACACAGAGUCAAUUGUUAUGUGUUCUGUAUGUUGCAUCGCCUGCCCGAACAACAUGACUGCACGUUUGACCACAUGGGACGUGGGCGUGAGGAAGCCAUUAUGAAAAUGGUGAAACUGGAUCGGAAAGUAGGGAGAUCUUGCCAACGCAUUGGGGAAGGAUGUUCCUGAGUGCAAGACUGCAACCAAAUGCUGUUCUCUUAGUUCACUAAUGUUAGCCUUAUUUAGGACAAAGUCAGCCAGACACCUUGUACUAGGCAAGUUUCAGACUACAGCCAAUCAGUUUCCUUUCUUUAGCCAACCGUCCUGGUACUGUAGUUUCGGGGUUGAUGGUGGUUGAAAUUGAUUUCUGGCUGGUUACUAAGGUGCCUGCUAGCCACCGUAUAAAAACAAAACAUGAAGAAAUAUUAUUUUUGAGCAUGGCUAGUGGAUUUACACAAAACAAGAGAAAUCCAAAGGCUUCUGUUUUUGCUGGAGUCACUCUAAAAGCCUUACGCUGGAAACAUUCCAGCUGCUGAGUUAAAACAAAUAGUUGUAUAGAAGCUGGUGUAAAAGUUUGCUAUGCACAUGGCUUUUGGACAAACUGUUCAAUGUGCAGCCUUUCACCUCUUCACUGCUAGUGAAUCCUGAGGAGGUGAAAUACUACUAAGAGCAGCAACUGCAGCUGCUUAAGCCCAGAAGACCUGACUGGUCACUCGUGCCUUCAUUGCGUGUGGCUUUUGAGUUAGGCAGUGUCACCAGCAUCAGGGAUUCUGUUGUGGGGUAGUAACAUCUUUCUGGUUCUUUCCAGGAAGCCAAAAAGAAAAGGGGACAGAGAUUCUUAUGAAAAAUUUUUAUAUCUAUCUUACUAUAGAGAACCUAUCAGGGUUUGGUUUUUUCUUUCUUCUCAGUUAAAUUAUGAUCUCGCUUUAAAGCCAACUCCAUCCCAGAGCAGUAAAUGGUGCAUACUUUUUACAUGGCAUCCACAGAGAUUCUUCAAGUUGUGUGAACAGAUUCCACGUACCUUGAGCAGUGCAGCCAUUCCCACCGGCCGAAACCUGAUUGGCUCUUGUUUGCCUUUUGCUAAGUGCAGGUAUCUGAUAAUUGAUCAAAUAAGGCUAAUUCACAGCACAGUAGCCAUGGCUGGAUUCUACAGACUGACUUUCUGUAGCUAGACUUAUAUAUUGGGGGGGGGAAAAAAAAGGACAUUUUGUAGCAAACGGAAUUCAGUAACAGUAUUGGGGAACAACCAGUAAAACACCCUUUGUCAGACUGAGUUUGUGUUCCUCACCUCCAGAGUGUCAGUGAGAUAAUCAGAGGGGCUCCAUCAGCCCUGGUUCUAUGCAGCUGAACGCUCUCAUGAAAAUCUCUGCCCGCAUCUAUUGCAAAGCAAGUAUAGCAAGUGAAUGUGAAAAGCAUGACAUGGAGUAGAAUGUUUUGGAUCUGUUUAGACCUAUGGUUCUGUAUAAUGACACAUCACGUUGAGUUGAGCUGAACUGAACUGAAUUGCACCAGUCUGGUCAGUUUAGAAACAAAAAAGCAAACAUAAUACAGGCAUGUCUCCUGCUGCACGCAGGGCUUAUACAGGUAAACAGGAUUUGUACUGAUAUGGCCCAGCUUAAUCCUGAGUGAAUUUAGCUUCUCUGUCUAUUAGCUAAGCUAUUAACAAUUAGGUAAAUUUAUAAGAAAACCUGAGAGACGGAAAGAUUUUGUCUUAUUUUCAAAUACUGGGCAGAUAUAAAACAUCAGAAGGGUAAAGUAAUGCAUCACUUGAAAAACCCCAGCAUUUUUGGAGUAAGUUUGUGUGAAUCAUCCUCCAUUCUACUUGUUACAGGUAACUAACUCCUUAUAGGCCAAGUUAUAUUGUUACUUUGGUAGCCAGCUAGGAGCAUUUAACAAGGAGACAACUAAUGUAAAAAAAAUAAUAAAAUAAUAUAUAUAGGUCUCUACACACACACGUUCAGCAUCUUACUGUAUUAGAAUUAAUUAACCAUGAAGCAAAUCAGAAAUGUCCCAUCAUUACAAAAUGCAAACUAUCUAAAAGGCAAGCUGUUUUGUUUUUUUAUUAUUAUUGUUACUAUUCAAGAAUAUGAAACCAGCAGCAAAACCUUCUGUAAUGUGCUGCAUUUUCAGGAAAUGGCCCUAGUGGGAGGUUCUGUCAAAGGAUGUUAUUUAAUUUGCUGUGAGGAGUUUAAAAACCCCUGGAUUUUGGUGGCUGCUGUGAUACGCACUUUUCUUUUCCUACAAAAUCCUACCAUAGCAUUUGAUGGGCAUUCUGAUUGAUACUGAAGACUUUUCUGCAUUAAUACUGAAGAUGCUAUUUUGUUCCUCAAUAUUCUCUUUAAUCUUGUCACAAGUGCACAGAUGGUUUCAAGGUGGUUCUUGAGAGAACACUACUUAAAGUUCAUGUGAAUUAUGGACAAUGUUCACUUUAAACAAAAAAGUUGGGGAGGGGGUUGUUCCUUUGCAGUAUCUGUUCUGUGAAGUUUGUUAAACGUAAAGAAAGCUUAAGUUCUUGUAUCUUAAAAGAAGAUCUUAUUUAACCCUUUUGUGUUCUAGAUUUACUUACACAUGUAGCCUAGAGCUCAGUUUUAGUUUAACAUUGUGAAAAUAUUAAAAGAAUCUUGUAACUUUAUUCUUUUUCCUCCUGCUAAAAAAAUUAAACCAAUCAGAUUAAAGUUUGAAUUCAUUUCUGCCUA